AUGAAGACCUUCAAGCAGGCUCCUCGGGAGAAGCAGGCUUGUUGGCCUAAGACUGACAUCCCGAAGGCAGCCAAGGAUGGGCCCGAAGGCCCUACAACUAUCUCUGCUAGUUAUGACUGGGCCACGGUCUUUCUGGAUCGGCUGGAGAAAAACAUGGGCCGGGGUCUGGUCCGGAAGAGGUUGCAGAGCUGGAACUGGGAUGUUAUCAGCACUUUCACUGGGGUCGGCUGUGCGGAGACGGCAUUGCUUACCAUCCAAAAAGCGGCCGGUGCUGGACAAGCGGUGAGGCUCCGAUGGGCGGUCGAGUCGGACCUCGGCGCCCAAAAGGUCUUGCUGGGCACAUACGGGUCUUGCCUCGCCCAGGACAUCUUUGAGUUUGACAUGGCCGCAAAGACCAACCACUGCUUGCGUCACAAAAUGGAGUGCCCGACUUGGCCAUCGCAGCGCGGGUCCGGCUACCUGUCUGAGUUGAGUCUCCUUGUGUCGGUGGGCGGGGCGCCGUGCACGAGCUACUCCGUGAUGGGUCUGCGGAAGAAGUCUAAGGACAAGGUCAUGAAGACGCAUCGUAGGUAUUUCCGCCAGUGCUACCAGGUCUUGGAUGCAUACCUCUUCGAGAACGUGUGUGAGUACGACCUGAAGCAGCUACGUCUUCCGAAGUCAUGGAAGCAGCAGAGUGUUCGGGUUGACCCAAGGACCUUUGGACUGGGCUGUGCCAGGGCUCGCCUCUAUGUUAUCGCUUACAACACGGAGAAGGUCUGCUGGUCUCAGGACGUGCCGUGCUUUGCAGACAUGGUGGCAUGCCUGGCGGCAAGGCCUUGUCUGGGAGCGGGAGACUAUUUCUGCGAUCGCAAUGCCAAUGCAUCCUCCCUGACUCAGUCUGAGGCCUCAGUCUUAAGGACUUACGACGAAAAGCCAUGGGACAUUGUUGACUUGGGACAGAGGGGAGCAUUUCGUCGUGGCACGCUCAACAGCUCCCACCUGCCGACCUUGACCACCAACAGCGCGAAACUCUUCAGCAAGGCCAAGAAGCGGUUCAUGACCGCGGACGAAAUGUUUCAAUCCCAUGUUUUGGCCACGAACAAGGAUCAGGCCAGUUGCGGCAGCCCGGUCUUGGCCAGGGCCCUGUACGUCGGUGCCUGCCUCGGGCGCUCCCUGGGCAUCGUCGCUGCAUGGGCGAACGGAGUUUUAGGAUUCGCCCCGACUAUCCAUCCUGGCUUCUACGCCAUGGUGGGAGCCGCUUCUGUCUUGGGCGGAGUCUGCCGGGUGACGAUCUCCCUGGUUGUGAUCAUGUUUGAGCUCACAGGCGGCUUGUACCUCAUCGUGCCCUUUAUGAUUGCGGUUUUGGCAGCGAAGUGGGUGGGAGACCAGUACAAUCGCAGCAUCUACGACUGCGUGAUUUCCUUGCGCGGAUAUCCGUUUUUGCACGAACCCGACGACGUGACCUACUCUGCAAGGGCUUGUGACAUCAUGCAAGAGAACCUGCAUUGCUUACCGGUGGAGCCCGGUUCUGCAGCCUGGGUGCUCCGCGACGCGAUGCAGGCGCCCUUUGCUGGCUUCCCGGUCGUCAGGUCCCAGGAGGACAUGUCUUUCGUCGGCUAUGUUCGCGCCCGGCCGCUGCAGCAGUUUCUGGAAGACCAGCUAAAGACCGGCUGCUGUCUCGAGGAGACACCUGUGUCCUUCCUUCCCUGCCAAUCGUCAGGGGUGCUAGAUGCCUCGAAGCUCGUUGACACUUCAGCGCUUCUUGUGGUGCCAGAUACGCCAGCCCCGCAGGUGCAUGCCAUCUUCCACCAGCUGGGCGUCAAGGUCAUUUUCGUGAAGCGCCAGGGAAAACUCGCUGGUAUGGUGACGAAGAAGUCAUUUCUACACUUCCUGGAACAUGGCCACGACUUGUUGCAUCAGCCGUCUGCGAGCCACCACACCAUCACUGUGCAUAGCCCGUCUAUGGUCGCAAACAGCUACCUGGCUCCUUACGAGGCUAUCGAUCCAAGCAGCAGGGGUUCGCAUCCUUCGAACCCGGUGCUCUCGGUGAUAUCCCCGAAGAACUCUCCGCAGGCCUUCCACAUCCCGCGGCAAGCGAGCUCCUUCUUCUACGGAGGCAUUCCUUCAAGGGGGAGUAGUCUCGAGACGAUGAGGAUGGGUGCAGUCCAGUCCUUGCGGGCUAGCCGAAUAGUGGCCGUGACCUCGGGGUCAUCUGGCAGAGCCUCCGAAGGGGAUGCAUCUGCUGCGGCUCAGCGGAGACUGCAGAUCUCACCUUUGUCCUCGAUCUCCUGGCCAGCAGAGCUUCGGAAACGGGUCCGGAUGAGCCGGUGGGAUAGGGCGCUGAUGCUGGUCCUCAUUGGCACCCUCACCGGCUUCACGAGGAUUAGCAGCCACCAGCACCACCGGGACGAGGACUUCCACAACAAUGCCAACAGUCACAAAUCUACCGAUAUCAAAGUCUCGAAUUUCGACUCGAUGAUAGCAACAUAG